AUGUUUGCUUCAGAAAUGGAGGAUCCAGAUUCCUCUGGAGCUUUAUUUUUCACUCAGAGAAUUAAGAGAUAUGUGAAAGAUAAGAAAACUUCAAAAGUCAAUAAGUUGAAUACUUCUCUUGCAUCAAAGAUAAAAAACAAAAUAAUAAACAAUUCUUCUAUCAUUAAGAUUUCUUUAAAACACAACAACCGGGCAUUGGCUCAGGCUCUGAGUGUAGUCAAAGAAAAUUCUCGAAAACUUACAACUGAAAAAAUGUUAUUACAGAAGGAAGUGGAGAAAUUAAAUUUUCAAAAUGCUUUUCUUCGUCAAAAGCUAAAUAAUCUGAAUAAAACCCUCAUAGAAAUAGAAGCCUUCAUGAGCAGUAACUUGAUAUCUGCGAUUGAAAUGACAAACCACACUGAGGAUUAUCAGAGUCCCUUUCUAUUGACAGCUUGCCAGAAGAAAGAUGUUGGUAACCAGUUGGAUUUAUUACGACAUUCUUUUGGGAGGACUGUUCCUCACAUCAGACCUACCCAGUUGCCUAUGAGAGUUCUGCUUACAUCAGCAGAUGAUGACAAUGACAGUGGUGAUAAAGAGACAUUUAACUAUGACAGCAAUUUAACAUCCAAGAAAGUACCUCAUUCUCUCACUCCAGUAGCAUGCAAAGCAUCUUUAUCUAAUCAGUUCCAUUUGGAAUUAUUGGAAAGUCCUGAGAAAAAUAAUGAGAAGAUAGAUGCUCUAGAUAAUCCAGAAAGAAAUGUUUCUGUUGUCGGUGUACUUUCCACAGAAAAUCAGGCCCAUCCAGAAGAAGGUUCCAAAAGUUCAUCAGCAAGUGAACUGAAUAAUAUUCAUUAUGUAGGAAAGGUAAAACAGAAAAGAUCUCGUAGUAAUAGUCAAUCUGGAAAUGUGACUGAAAGAAAAAAGCGUCUACCCUCUUGGGAGUCCAGUAAUCUUCCUACAGCAAUUCCCCUUGCAGUAGAUUUGGAACAAAGAGAAGUUUCCAAUAAUGUUUUAAAUUGGAGCAACAAGGUAAAUGACAACUCUACAGAAAAAGAAACUAAAACACAUCAAAAUGGAUUAUGCCAUCUUGACUCACAAUCUCAAUCUGCCAGUGACCUUAAUGAAAAGUUCCCCAUUGUGGUUCUGCCAAAUGAUGAACAGCAGCUGCACAAAGAAGUGUAUGAAACUGAUACAGAUUUAACUGCCACUAAAGUUAGCAAAAUUGUUACAGUUCAAACAGGUGCCCAGGAUAAAAGUAAUCCUAAAACUAAAGCUUCUGGGAAAAAAGCUUUUAGAAAAGUGAAAGAUUCAAGUACUGACAAGAAUAGAGAGAAGUCAAAAGUACAGCCUAAAACCAGUUCAUAUUUACCUAGGAAAGAAAGGGAUAAAAAUACAGAAGAAAGCAGUUCUCUUGCUUUGACUGAUAGUAGUAAAUCUGAAGAUCAGAAGCUCACCUUGGAUACUGAACAGUUCACUCAGUUGAACACCUGGAAGAACAUAAUGUGUCAGGAACUCAGUGAGCAGAAUGUAGUACAAAUUUCACAGCAGCAUGAUAAAAAGAAAAAAGUAAGAAAAACAUAUGUACUGAAUAAAGAAGAGAAAAAAAGAGUUUCCUUUUCCUCUCCCUUGUCAAAUGAAUCCCACCAAGACAGCAGUUGUGGUAUGGGACAUAGUUUCCAAAAUUUUGAUAAAGUCAGAGAAUUUAGACGGACAUUUGUGGUUAAUAAUUCAAACAAAGAUUCGUGCUUCCUAAGUCAAAAUGAUAAUGAAUUAGGCUCUGGCAUAUUAGAAAACUUAGAAAAUGAGUUACAAACCAUUGAUAAUUAUACCAAAGGUAGCCAAAAUUUAUCUGAUUUUAAGACCCCAAAUUCAUUGAGUAAAGAAAAGCAGACUUCCAAGCAAAGCAACACAGAUUUAAGCAAGAAGCCUUUGAAAUAUAGCAGAAAACGGACACAUGAAAUAAUUUUUGAAAUGAACCAAAUACAUGAAACUUAUAACAAGGUCAUGCAACACAAAGAAAGCCACAUAGAAGAUCUUAAUUCAGAAACAUAUAAACCUAAAAAGACCCCUAAAUACCAAGAGAACAACAUUGAAAAUGGAUCUUGUGUAGAAGUCACUAGAAAAAAAAUGGAAAAUCAUGAUCAGUGCUCAGAUCUUCAAAAACUGGAUAAGAUGUGUGGCAAGAAUUCAUUAGACAAACCAUUGAGUUUAUUGAUAAAACCUAAACCCAAAAUGUUCAUGCAGCCAGCAGAUCAUACUCAACAUUCUGUUCCUUUAGAGUCAGGCUUAAAACACUCUAUGAGAAAGUUGGAAAGUGAUCCCAAAUACAGUGAACACCAGAAGGGUCAAACACAAAACACAAUUACAACCCCAAGUGAAAAAAUAUUUCAUAAUUCUUUAAUGACAGUGACUAAAGAAAGAACUAAAGUACCAAAUAAAAGAGAAUCCAAGUCAAAAAAGAGCCGGAAGACUUAUGUAGUUGCUCCAGUUGAUCAAAAUGAAAUCAGGGAAAAAAUACCUGAGGCUCUUGAGGAAAGAUUAAAUCCAUGUGAUUCUGAGCAAGUUAUUCAGGAACCAAACUUGGAAAAUGAAAAUGUAUUAGUCAGAAUAAAACCAGAUAAGUUCACUUGUAACCCAGUAAGGGAGAACACUUCCUGUCAUUUAAACUCUAAAACAAAGAAGUUUUCUCCCUAUACCAUGUUGAAGGAGGGUUUUUUAAACUUGGACAAGCCAGUUGCUAGGAACCAGAAACUGCCAGAAAAUGUUACUUUGAAGGAAUCGCCCAUCUUUCAUGUGGAUAACACUGAGCAAAAGCGUGUUUCCCAAGAGAAGACAGAAGGGACAGUAUUUCAAGUCGGCAGAAGAACAGAAACAGCUGGAAAAGGUACCAAACCACUACAAGAUUUGACAAAUGCUAGUUUGGUUUCCCAUAAUUCUCCUAAAUCUCAGAGCGCGUUGGAUGAGAUUUCUCCAAUCAAGCCAACUAAAAGAACGCGAGAUGCUGUUUGCUAUAAAGAACCAAGUCUUAAAAAAAAACUGAGACAAGGAAAUAAUUCCAAACCUAAAAAAUCAAAAGGAAGACAAAAGGAAGAAGAUAAGGAAAGCCUUCAAGAAAUACUUUAAGUAGUCAAUUUAAUUUUUUUCUUUUUCUAAGAAAUGGAAUGAUGCAGCUUUUAUUUUUAAGCUUGAGCAAAUGUAUAUAAAUUUUCUAAUUUUGCCAUUUGCAAAUGGCUUUG